UGUGUAGCAGAAUUCCACUCAUUCAAAUUUCUGGUGAGAUUGUCUUUCUUAAAGUUUUUGUUUCUUUCUUUGUCCUGAAAGGCACGUGAAUGUCUCAUUUAUUAACCCCUAGGCCCAGCUCCCCCUCUCCCCUCCGCCCUAUCCUUCCGCCCUCUCUCCCUUCCGCCCUCUCCUCCGCCAUGGCUCCGCCUUAUCACGACGACCUUCUCCGCCGUUCCUCCUCCCACCACCUCUCCUCCUCCUCCUCCUCCCUCUCUUUCCCUGCCCCCGAUCACUCCAACUCCGACGACCCUCGCCGGCUGCAGCUCAAACACGAGAGUGAAAGCUCAAGCUGCUGUGAGAAUCAUAAUACUCAUAACGAUUUGAUGAUCCACGGCGCUCGGAAUUCCCAUGAUCUUAACCGGACAACCAUGCUAAACGACGGCGCCGCCAUAAUCAGAACUUGUUCCGACUGUAACACCACAAAAACCCCCCUUUGGAGGAGCGGCCCAAGAGGCCCUAAGUCUCUUUGCAACGCCUGUGGAAUCCGGCAGAGAAAAGCAAGACGAGCGAUGGCGGAAGCGGCGGCAGUGAACGGCGGUAUUCCAUGCGGCGGAAAAUCGGCGGCCAUAAUUCUGAAGACGAACAAGACGGUGCAACACAAGAUAAUGACAAAGCCGGCAGCGAAGAAAUUGAAAAGGAAGCGGAAAGAUGACGUCGUGGUAGCCGGCGGCGGAAAGAAGGGUUGUUUUGAAGAUAUAAAAAUCGGGCGGCGAUUGAGCGAGAUUUCUUCCUCUUACCGGCGAGUUUUCCCACAGGAUGAAACAGACGCUGCAAUUUUGCUCAUGACCCUAUCUUAUGGCCUUCUUCUUGGUUGAAUUUUUAUAAUUAAUUAUAUAUAUAUAUAUAUUUAAAAUU